CCGGAAAUAGGAAGGGCCCAGCAUGCACCGCGAGCGCGAUCACGCCCGCCGCCUGCGCCAAGCCGUCCGGGCGCCCAGGCUGGGACGGGGUGAAAUGGCAGCCUCUUCCUCAUCCUCUUCAGCCGGUGGAGUCAGCGGCAGCUCUGUAACAGGAUCAGGGUUCAGCGUUUCGGACCUGACGCCGCCCCGAAAAGCCCUCUUCACUUACCCCAAAGGAGCUGGGGAGAUGCUAGAAGAUGGCUCCGAGAGAUUCCUCUGUGAAUCUGUCUUCAGCUAUCAGGUUGCAUCUACGUUAAAGCAAGUGAAACACGAUCAACAAGUCGCACGGAUGGAAAAACUAGCCGGUCUGGUGGAAGAGCUGGAGGCAGAUGAGUGGAGGUACAAGCCAAUAGAGCAGCUCCUGGGAUUCACUCCUUCCUCGGGCUGAGCGUGUCUGGAUCGCUGCUGUCAGGGCGCAGAAGAAAAACAUUCUCUGGCCUGGCUUCAAAACUUACCUCCAUUUAUCAGGGUGCUGACAGCUGCAUCAGCAGGACUGGGCUUUUUUUGGUUUGGGGUUUGGUUUUUUUGUUUUUUUUUUUUUGAGAGUGGGGAUCCCCCAUAAAGCUGCCAGUAAAUGGAAAUGACGGGAUUCAUUAAGUCCUCUGCAGCGUUACAGGCUGGCAGGGCUCCGUUUCUGUAACUUAGGAGGUAGGAUCAGUUUUACAGAACUCGGAGAAUCACCUUGUUGUUUACAGAGGAGGGAAAACUUACGGCGUGCUGGUGGGGAAAGCAACCUGGUAACUCAGUCUGGCCUUUCCCCGGCGGGCUGGGAAGCCUGAAUCUUUGCCGCUGAAGCCAGCCCUCUGUAGAGCAGAGGUACAACGCCCUGCCAAAACUGCUUCUCAGCCCCAGCCGUGAUUUUGGGGGGUGAACAGGACGAGAAGUGUCCCGGGUCGGUUCAGAGGGGUGAGUGGUGACGCUUUUUUCAGAGGUACCUCGUGUAUCCCCAAAGCUGUUUUCUCUCCAUUGCCGUUUCUCUUGCGUGUGCACCGUGAGUGCUGGUAGGACACGGCGCUCUGAUGUAGCAGCUGUGUCUUUAACGCCCUGAAACUCUUUUUCCCCUUUAUUAUGUAUUGGCUUGCUCUGGGAUAAUAAAAUAAUUCUGGCCUUUAAA